CAAAACAUUGCAAUGUUGAUUUUGAUUCUAAGGUUUUUAAAGCAAUUAAAAAUGAAUCAUCGAAUAGAACAACUUAUACAAAUACACUUGCAUUUUAUCUCGCCAUAAUUAAAAAAUCAUGUCUAAAAACUUUAUCUAAUAGUUUAGCAUGUGCUAGUUUGCCAGUUUUACGAAGAAUUAAAGAACAUACUUUAACACAAUAUAGAGCCAAUCCAAACCAAAGUAAUAAUCGAACAUUAUUAAUACUACAAUGCAAAGAUGGUUAUUUUAUUGGAUGUAGUUUAUGGAUUAAUGGAGAUAGCUAG